AUGGAGGGAAGUGGGAGUGACGAGGAGGUAGUGCCGAUGGAGCUGGUGGCGAGUUACGAGAGGGUGAGGAGGCUGGCCUCAGGGAACGCAGUGGUGGUCUUCAGCUUGAGCGGGUSCUGCAUGUGCCACGUAGUGAAGCGUCUACUGUUCGGCCUCGGCGUGGGACCCACCAUCGUCGAGCUCGACGAUGAGAAAGGUGGGAGAGAGAUGCAGACCGUGCUGUUCCAGCUGGUUGGCGACGUCCAGCAGCCCCUCCCGGCGGUUUUCAUUGGCGGCAAGUUCCUGGGUGGCCUCGAGACCGUCUUGUCCUGUCAUAUUAUCAUGGCUAUUGGCUGGUUACAGUUACAUGGAAUUGUUUUUCUUUUCAGUAUAGAAAAACCUAUGGUGCCAGAAAGACAUGAUAUUGGAGAGGCUUUGAUCAAUCAAAACCCUUAUGAAUCUGGAUGA